AUGUAUGACGGCAGCACCGUGUACGACGGCUGCAGAGUGUACGACGGAUGCUGUGUGUACGAUGGCUGCAGCGUGUACGACCGCUGUAGCGUGUAUGACGGCUGCAGCGAGUAUGACGGUAGCACCGUGUACGAUGGCUGCAGCGUGUACAACGGCUGCAGAGUGUACGACGGCUGCAGCGUGUACGACCGCUGCAGCGUGUAUGACGGCUGCAGCGAGUAUGAUGGCUGCAGCGAGUAUGACGGCUGCAGCGUGUACGAUGGCUGCAGCGAGUAUGACGGCUGCAGAGUGUUUGAUGGCUGCAGAAUGUACGACCGCUGCAGCGUGUAUGACGGCUGCAGAACUGUGGGAAGCCGAGCCACUGAACCGCCGCCAGGCUGCUCCGGUUGCACGCCGCCCGCCGCACCACCGCCCGCGUCCUUCUCCUCCUCCUCCGCUAACGCCGCCGCCAGCGCCGCCAUGGGAGUGCAGGUGGAGACCAUCUCUCCUGGAGACGGGCGCACCUUCCCGAAGCGCGGCCAGACCUGCGUGGUGCACUACACGGGGAUGCUUGAAGAUGGAAAGAAAUUUGAUUCCUCUCGGUACAGAAACAAGCCUUUUAAGUUUAUGCUAGGCAAGCAGGAGGUGAUCCGAGGCUGGGAAGAAGGGGUAGCCCAGAUGAGUGUGGGUCAGAGAGCCAAACUGACAAUCUCCCCAAAUUAUGCCUAUGGAGCCACGGGGCACCCAGGCAUCGUCCCACCACAUGCCACUCUGGUCUUUGAUGUGAAGCUUCUAAAACUGGAAUGACAGAAGUGGCCUCCUCCCUUAGCUCCUUGCACAUGGAUCUGCCAUGGAGGGAUCUGGCACCUCCAGACGGGUGCACACGAAUCCAUAUGGAGCUUUUCCUGAUGCCCACCACUCUUUGUAUAGACACCUACCCGACUGAAUGUUUUCCGUCACUCGGCUUUGCUUCGGACACCUCCAUGUCCUCUUCCUUCUCUGUGUGUGUGUUGACCUAAACUAUAUGCCAUAAACCUCAAGUUAUUUUGUUUUGGGGUAAAGAUUCAAUUUCAGUCUUUCAGAUCUAGGUUUCCAAUGAAGUAUAUUGUCAAGUAUUAACAGCACAAGAGAUGGGUUAACUUUAGAAUAGGAAUUGGUGUUGGGGGUGGGAUUUGCACGAAUUUUUAUU